AUGACUCCAAUAGGACAGCUUAGUGUCUUUUGUAUCCUCGUGGUAACACUGUUUCAUUUUGGACAUUCUCUCAAACACACUGAUCAUGAUCAUGAUAUCGAAGAGAUUUCUAAACAUAUUAAGAACUUGAUAUAUCCUAGAUAUCCAAACGACUAUAGACAACAUAAGCCACAAAUAUACGUCGAUGAUUAUUCUAAACCUUAUAACAAUGAGCACUUUUCAACGGAUAAAUUAGAAAAACUACCAUCCAAAGAAUCUACUGGAUCAUCAGGAGGAUCUAAUUUACCGAAGGAUAAUGACAAAUAUUCCAAAAAUGAUGAUAAAUCGGAUAUUAGUAGUGAAAUAGAUAGCAAAUACGAUACUAAAAAUGGAGGUAAAGAAUGGUAUGGUGAAAAAGACGAAGAUGAUGUAAUUAAAAAAGAGGUUGGCAAGGAUGAGAUAAAAAAAGUAAGUAAUGAAGAAUUUGAUAAAAAUGAUGAAGUGACAAUUGAUACUGGAAAAGAUGGGUAUAAAAGCGAUGAAAAAACGGUAAUCCCUGAAAAUGAAUCUGAGGUAUCAAAUAAAGAAAACAGUGAAUCCAGCCAUAAAAUGGAAAUUCCGAUUUCUCCAUUAAGUUUAACAGAUAAUGAAAAGUUGAAAAUCACACCAAUCGAUCAAAUCAAUAAUGCUUUUUCUAAUGAUCACACAAAUAACGAAAAUAAAAAUAAUAACCCGUUACCAAUUAAAAUAGAAGAAAAUGUUAAACCAUUACUGAAUUUACCCGAAAGCUUACAACCUAAUCUAUCAGACAACAAAGACACAAAUAUUGCUACCGGUUACGAAUUACCAUCAUCAAAUCACAACUCUGACGGGUUUAAUUCGAUUGUGUCAAAUGCAAAUGCAGAUCCAACAACUGCUUUAAAUAAUGUACCAAGUGUUCCUGCAUUUGAAAAUCAAAACAGUGGUGUAUUAUACAACAAUGGUUUUUCUAACAAUAAUUACUUUCCUUAUAAUAAUGCUCCACCAUACUUCUACGAUCCAGGCUUUUCCGGUCCAAACAUAAAUACACCGUCAAACUUUGCACCUAAUAACUUUUUCAACAAUUACGUUCCAUCUAAUACUGAAUUUUAUAGAUAUCCAAAUUCUAAUCAACAGCUGUAUCAACCGGUACAAUUAAACAAUGGGCAAAUUGUACUUAUUCCAAACUAUUGGCCCAUAUAUCAGCCAAUUAAUCCAUAUUUACAAAAUGUUGGAAGUGGACAAGUGUAUCAACCAAAUAAUCAAAUGUAUCCGGGUCAAAUGAUCCCUCCAAUACAAAAUGUUAAUGAUGUCCCCGGUUCUAUAAAUAGACAAUCUAUUGUACCGGUUGUUCAGAAUGUACCUUGGUGGUUAUUAUACAGUAAUCAAAACGUACCGUAUAAGAGCGGCCAAGAUAACAAAGAAGGUGUUAACCCGAGGACAAAUACUCCACUAUCUACUUGA